CACGGCUCGGCUCGGCUGCGGCUCUGCGGCUGCACUCGCGCCAUGGCUGCCUACAGCAAAUAUCUCACCGUGCGCCAUUCCGCCAUUGUCGGCGGCACGGCCGCCGCCUGCGCGCUGCUCUGCCUGCUCAACAAGCGGCGGGCCGCGGCCCAGCACGGUAGAAGAAGUGGAAAACAAGCCUUGCAGUGCAAUGAGAAAGAGGGAAAGAAGGAGCGAGCGAUGGUGGACAGGUUGUUUAUUGCAAGGAUAUGUCGAAUCCUGAAAAUAAUGGUCCCUAGAGCACUUUGUAAGGAGACAGGUUAUUUGCUACUUAUUGCUGUAAUGCUGGUACUCCGCACAUAUUGUGAUAUUUGGAUGAUUCAAAAUGGAACAGUCAUUGAAAGUGCUAUCAUUGGUCGCAGCAGAAAAGAUUUCAAGAAAUACUUGCUGAACUUCAUUGCUGCAAUGCCUGCCAUCUCUUUAGUAAAUAACUUCUUGAAAUAUGGUCUAAAUGAAUUGAAACUCUGCUUCCGAGUAAGGCUCACCAAAUACCUCUAUGAGGAAUAUCUCAAGGCUUAUACAUACUACAAAAUGGGAAAUCUGGACAACAGAAUAGCUAACCCAGAUCAACUCCUUACACAGGAUGUGGAAAAAUUCUGUAACAGUGUAGUGGACCUGUACUCAAACCUUAGCAAGCCCUUCUUGGAUAUAGUUUUGUAUAUCUUCAAGCUAACAAGUGCAAUAGGAGCUCAGGGUCCAGCUAGCAUGAUGGCAUACUUGAUUGUGUCAGGGUUUUUCCUUACACGUUUAAGGAGACCAAUUGGCAAGAUGACUAUCGUAGAACAAAAAUAUGAAGGGGAGUACAGAUACGUCAACUCACGGCUUAUUACAAACAGUGAAGAAAUUGCUUUCUAUAAUGGAAAUUUGAGAGAAAAGCAGACUAUUCACAGAACCUUCCGUAAACUGGUGGAACACUUACAUAACUUCAUCCUGUUCCGGUUCUCUAUGGGUUUCAUUGAUACUAUCAUUGCCAAAUAUCUUGCCACUGUGGUUGGUUACCUGGUUGUUAGUCGUCCAUUUUUGAACCUGGCUGAUCCUCGUCAUCAGAAUAGUACCCAUGCAGAACUUCUAGAGGAUUACUACCAAAGUGGAAGAAUGUUACUGAGAAUGUCUCAAGCUUUGGGUAGAAUAGUCCUAGCAGGUCGUGAAAUGACGAGAUUGGCUGGUUUCACAGCUCGGAUUACGGAAUUAAUGCAGGUUCUGAAGGAUUUGAAUAGUGGCAAAUAUCAACGUACCAUGGUAUCGCAGGAAAAAGAUGCAGAUAUGAAACAAGCUUUACCUUUGAUACCGGGAUCUGGCGAAAUUAUCAACACCGAUAACCUUAUCAAGUUUGAUCAUGUUCCACUGGUGACACCUAAUGGUGAUGUUUUGAUCCAAGACCUGAACUUUGAGGUUCGAUCUGGUACAAAUGUUCUGGUUUGUGGGCCAAAUGGAUGUGGGAAGAGCUCACUUUUUCGUGUUCUUGGUGAAUUGUGGCCAUUGUUUGGUGGACGUUUAACAAAACCUGUAAGAGGAAAGUUGUUCUAUGUUCCUCAGAGACCAUAUAUGACUCUUGGAACACUCAGAGAUCAAGUUAUAUACCCAGAUACUUUAGAAGAUCAGCGAAAGAAAGGGAUUUCUGACCAGGUGCUGAAGGAGUACUUGGAUAAUGUCCAGCUGGGUCAAAUCUUGGAGCGUGAAGGAGGCUGGGACAGUGUUCAGGACUGGAUGGAUGUGCUCAGUGGAGGAGAAAAGCAGAGAAUGGCUAUGGCAAGACUAUUUUAUCAUAAGCCCCAGUUUGCAAUUCUGGAUGAAUGCACCAGUGCUGUUAGUGUUGAUGUAGAAGGCUACAUUUACAGCCACUGCCGAAAGGUUGGCAUUACUCUCUUCACUGUAUCCCACCGGAAGUCACUCUGGAAGCAUCAUGAUUUUUACUUGCGCAUGGAUGGCAGAGGAAACUAUGAAUUCAAGAAGAUAACUGAAGACACAGUUGAAUUUGGAUCUUAAAGCUCAUAAACUGAACUGCUACAGAGACUGAUUACUGGAAAUGUGUAGAAUGGCAAACCUUGUACAGUAAAUCUACUCAGCUUGUUUUUAAACAAAUUAACUAGGAUAACUUAAAACAAGCUCUUAAGCGUUUACUAUUAUGUAGGAUAUUGCUAAUUGUGUAUAUGUUGGUUUAAUUAUUAAUAUGUACUAAGAAUGUCUUUAUUCUUGUGGUUUAAAAACCUGCCUAAAUUAAAUUGGGCUUAAAUCAGUGUAACCUGAUUCAUCCUGGGAUGCAAACCAUUUGAAAUCAGCUGAUUUGACUUUUGUAG